CGUCGUUCAACUGGACACUUAACGACACUGAACUGCACCUACAACACAGUUUUAACGUCGCCGUCUCUGUGUGAACACGACUCGCGAAGAAUGGCAGUUUUCAGCGCACUUCUGAGUUGGGCUUCCCAGGCGUUUCUGUUUCUGCUCGUUCUGCUUUUCAUAGCGUUGCUCGGCUACUGCGCGUAUAUUAAAUACAUCCACCUGAAAUAUGACCACAUUCCUGGGCCACCGAGGGACAGCUUUUUCCUCGGACAUACGGCGACUUUAUUGAGGGUAAUGAAAGAUGAAAAAGUUGUGAACGACAAAUUCCUGGAGUGGGCUGAGACAUAUGGGACUGUAUACAGAAUAAAUUUUCUUCACAGCAUUAUAGUGUUUACGACUUGUCCAGACACAACUAAGGAAGUCCUGAUGUCUCCAAAGUACUCUAAAGAUAAGUUCCUCCACGAUAGGCUCUUCAAUCUGUUUGGCCAAAGGUUCCUGGGCGAUGGCUUGGUAACGGCACGGGAUCAUGGGCAGUGGUAUAAACAACGCCGGAUCAUGGACCCCGCGUUCAGCAGCUUGUAUUUGAGAGGUCUGAUGGGAACCUUCAAUGAGAGGGCAGAGAAACUGAUGGAGAAACUUUCAGAAGUCGCUGAUAGUAAAACAGAGGCCAACAUGCUCCAGCUUGUCAAUUGUGUUACCCUGGAUGUUAUUGCUAAGGUUGCCUUUGGUGUGGAUUUAAACCUCCUGCAGCAGAGUUCACCUUUCCCCAAAGCCAUCGAGACAUGUCUGAAAGGGAUGAUGUACAAUAUCAGAGACGCUAUGUUUCAGUACAAGCCAAAGAACUGGACAUUCAUUAAUGAAGUGAGGGAAGCGUGCCGCCUGCUGCGCAAAACUGGAGCUCUGUGGAUCCACGAAAGAAAGACUGCGAUGCACAACGGAGAUGAAGUCCCCAAGGACAUUCUCACGCAAAUCAUCAAAACCGCUGGCAAAGAGGAAAGCAUGACUAAAGAGGAUGAGGAGUUUAUGUUGGACAAUUUUGUGACGUUCUUCAUUGCUGGUCAAGAAACAACAGCCAAUCAGCUGGCUUUCUGCAUCCAGGAACUUGCAAGACACCCUGAUAUACUGGAGAAAGUGAGGAAGGAGGUGGAUGAUGUUGUUGGGAUGAAACAGGACAUCAGCUAUGAUGACCUGGGGAAACUGGGCUACCUCAACCAGGUGUUAAAGGAGACUCUGAGAGUUUACCCGACAGCUCCAGGAACAUCCCGCGAAAUUGUGGAAGACAUGAUCAUUGACGGCAUCUACAUACCUGGAGGAUUCAUCUGCAUAUUCAGCACCUAUGUGAGUUCGAGAAUGGAAAAGUUCUUCAAGGACCCACUGACAUUUGAUCCUGACAGAUUUCACCCAGACGCUCCCAAACCUUAUUACUGCUACUAUCCGUUCGCCCUCGGACCACGCUCAUGCCUGGGACAGAACUUUGCUCAGAUGGAGGCCAAAGUGGUGAUGGCCAAGCUGCUCCAGAGAUACGAUUUCACCCUCGUCCCGGGACAAAGCUUCGACAUCCUGGACACCGGCACCCUCCGGCCAAAGAGUGGAGUCGUUUGCACUAUUAGUCACAGAAAGUACAAAAAUUAACUGGUCGUGGAGUACCAUAACAGAUGAAAAAACAAAAACACUAAUUGAGCAUAUGGUGAAACUGGGUGGUUGGGUUGCUUACACCAGCUUAGCUUCGUACUCCUGCAUCAGCCUGAAGCCUCUUGUGCUGCAAGACUUUUACUGUUCACUUUUAAAAUCAUCUAUAGAGAAAGUAGCAUCAUGUUUGAUUUAAAUACACACUACAUUCAUAGGAAGUAAUUCUGAUCAUUGAUGCUGCUUUCUAACAAUGAUAAAGAUAUAAGAAAACUGUUUUUUGAGGGGAAUGCAAUGUCAGUGGCACAUUUAAUCUUGCUCAAAGUUAUCCUUGAGGUCUGUGUAAUUACAAUGUUUUUCACAACUGCUGAGCCCACUGAACUUUUUUACGCUUUGACACUAAUGUGUAAACACUAAAUAUCACAGUUUUUGUGGGUUUUUUUGCUGAAAGAUGACGUCUGACUGUAAUUUUGUUGUGUGUAUGGAAGCGUAUGCAUAAUGGCAGUAAAAAGGAUUCUGAUUAGUUUUUUUUACAAAUUCAAAUAAAGAACAGUGUAAGAAUCCA